UCUCGUCCAUUUCUCGUGCAUCCCACCUUCCCACCACAAUUUUGUUCGCCAUCUCUCUUUUUCCUUCUUCUCUUCUUCCUCCAUAUCUUCAUAUCUUCCUGCUUUUUCACCAGUUUGAACACAUUCCAUCCUCCCCUUCCCAUUCCCUCCUAUCUUUCAUAGAUUGUGGUUCAUGUCUGUACCACUGUAUACAUGUAAUGCCCAUUCACCUUCUCCCAUUUGAACCUCUCCAACUCUUUUGCCAUAUGGUGGUUGGCAUCUUGCAUUGGAGGUCAUAACCAAUCUAAAAUCGUACUGGUCUUGACAAAUAUCUUUGAACCUUGACUUUCCUUGCACCUCCUCAAAUAUCUGGCGUUUGCCUAUUCUUAUUAAUUUUUCAUGAUCUGUCAUCUCUAUUUCCUCAUCUCUCGGUUCUGCGUUGGUGUAAGAUCCUUCAAUGAUGUCUUACUUUGAGGACGACGAGGAGUUUGCACGGCAGCUACAAAAAGAGAUGAAUAAUAACCCGAGACGCACAGCUACAAGGGCUUCCGCAACCCCAUCCAACGUUCGGGCUCCUUCGCGAAAGAAGGCUACUCCAUCAACACCUCGUACCCCAGGAGUGUCAAAGAAACCCCCUCCAAGCAGCUCCAAGUACGCCGAACCAAAACCCUCACCGCAUGACUCUGGAUUCAGUGAGGUUGCUUCUACAGAUGACGAACAAGUUCUGAGCGACUUCACCCCUCCCUCAAGCUCGUCGUCUGAUUCACCACAAGAAUCUUCUGUCGUAUCACCGUCUUCGACCGAAGAAGACGCCAAGGAGGACAUCGUCGAACCUUCUUCUCCUGAGGUCGCUUUCAUGAGAGAGAGAAAAGCUCACGGUUACUUUGUUACCAAUAUUACCGUAAAGGAUGCAGACGCCAGGACUUACCCUCCAAUUGGCCCUGAACUGCUUGAACUGGCCCGGAAGGCAUGGUCUAACGGUCAUAUUGCAAAAAGAUGGAAUCCUGAAGUCGCCCGAUUUGUAGACGGAAUAUGGAUGGCUCCGGAUAUGUGUGAUAGCUGCCGGGCUGUUAAACGCGAUAAUUGCGAUAGAGCAUUUCCCUGCUCAUCUUGCACCAAGAAGGGCAGACAUUGCAAUCUAAGAACCGUGAUGAUGAGAACGGCGUGCAACAAAAAUCCGGAAUAUAAUGGGGAUAUAACCCCGCUGCAUUUAAAUGCACCCAUAGUUUCUCAAAGCGGCGAUGAAACUUGGAAUUCAGUGAAACAGGCGUCUCCUACGAUUCGCCCCCAGAAACGAAAGAGGGGAGAUGCAAGUAAGGACACUGCAAAGAGCAAGGGCCGACGUGCAGUUACUACAACUCGUGACAAACGAUUGAGCAAUGGGACGGGCCGUUCCGGUGAAAUCCCCCAGCACUUUAAGGCACCCCACAUUGUUCAGGACGGCGAUGCAACAUGGAAUUUAACGGAGCAGGCGGGUCCUACAAGCAACUCUUGGAAACAAAAGCGCAAAUAUGCUGGCGCUUCUGGUAAUGUGUCGGCUAAGAAGCAACACAGAUCACCUGAAUCGGGAUAUUCCAGUAGCGAAGAGAAAUACGUUGAAGAUCCCGCCAAGCCUGGACAAGCCCUGGUUCGUUCUAAAAAAGGCCCAAAGGCGUCUGGCAAAUACAUCCCUUACCAUCAAUCAAAACAGGAGAACUUACCCGCCCCAUAUGGCCAGCCGCCCGUGUGGGCAUCGAAGCGACAACAACUCUGUGAAACUUUGCCAUAUUACAGAGCAUAUAUGUCCGGGGGAUAUCUGCACGAUGGCCUCGUCCGUGCAAUUUUAAUUGACAAGGAAGUCAGAGAACGCGAUGUUUUCGAUGAAGAAGUUGUCAUAACUCGAUGUGGUGGAGGACGUAAGCUGGAUGAGGCAACUAACAAGAUGGUUCAAACAACAGACCAGGAGAGAAGUGCGUAUGGUCUUGGGUUCGAACGGGCUAGGGAUAUGCGUAGUCCUGUCGUAGUCAUUGCUGGUCAGGGAAACUCCAGAAGUCCCUCGAAGCUUCCACACUAUUACAAUAUCCUCGAUUGGUUCCAUGUUACUGACGUAUGGGUGGAGAAGGUAGAGGGAUUCAAGACAUGGUGCGUGAGAAUCGAGAAAAUUCGCCUCGACGAGAAGUCUUGGUGGGCCAAGGCUGGCAGUGCUCUACCGAGUCCAUACUGCGACCUGGAUUCCAUCAAAGCAGCUUCGGGGAAAUGCUGUUAUUGUAAAGACAUCAGCAAGGUUAUAUUUGAACAAGGAUGGACUUGCUUGAAGGCAUCGUGUGACAAGUUCUUUAUUUUCGAUUCGCCUAUUGACGAUCGGAAACUCAUCUAUACAGAGACGUUUCUGAAGGAGCGUACCGCUUAUACUGGGAAUACACCAGGGCUAUUGGCGCCUCCUCUCAUGACCGAAGCCGAUAUGAUCAUCACUGGGAAACGUGGGACCGAAUUCGCCUUCAAACAAGGUAUCGUAUGCCCGCUGUGUAACGGCUGCAGCCGUCGGAAGCAAUGGUCAAAAUGGAAUUGUGAGACGGUGGGUUGUGGCUUUACUCACUCGUUGCCUUUCCAAAUAAUGAGUGUUCACGACACAAUGUCGGAUAUUGCACGGAAUCACCGGCAACAGAACUACGAACCCAAAUUUGGAAUUAAGUUUGAGGCAAAGACACUGGGCGCAUAUAACGUCUUUGAGUACGGUGUUCCAGGUCCAGAAGGGAAACCCGUAGGCGUUCUCCGGCUUUUCAAGUCGAACGAUGCCAUUAAUCUCAAUCCUGACGGCCCCAACGACCUCUUCCGAUUGAUGCAAGAGAGUGAGUUCGAUCUCCAGAGGCGGCCUGUACGGCAACCGAAUUCAAGUGGAGAGGUUCUCACCAAUCACUUCGCAACCAACUGGGGCGCACCGUAUAAAUUUAUCGUCGCACAGUCAUCCAGAGGAUUCAGUGAAGCCCCAACAGUAAUUAUCAAGGCUUUGAAAAGAUUGACGUGGGCUGGUGAACAGACUCUUACUGACGUUGGAGAGCCCUUCCACCCAUUCAAUGAGCUCCUUUCGAUUGGGUAUUUUCAAGACUGCAGCAUUGGAUACCACGAUGAUGGCGAGUCGACACUAGGCCCAACAGUAGCCACACUCUCACUCGGUGCCUCAGCCACCAUGUCUCUUCGCCCCAAAGCAAAAGCAGCGGUGGGAAUUACUUCAAAGAAUGCCAAGGGUACUAAAGCUCCUGUUAUUCGCGUGACUCUUGAGCAUGGUGACAUGGUCAUAAUGCACGGGUCUGGAGUUCAGCAGUACUACGAGCAUGAGGUUGUACCACAUGGGACUCUUCGGUUUGCGUUAACCAGCCGUUAUAUCCAACCUGCAGAACUUGAAAGCGAUACCGUCAGAGAGGAAGCUAGGAUCAAGGGCGCGUUACCUAAAGGUCAUGAGCAGUACAAGUAUGAUGGAGACGAGAACGCUAUCUUCUCACCAGAAGAAGUGAAGAAGGCCGAGAAGGAUGCGAGGCUAAAUGCGUUGAUGCGCUCAGUAAACGAUGCUGCGGCAAUACGCAAGGCUAUCGAGUCUCAAGGCGACGAUGAUGAGCGUUGUCAGAUGCAAGACAUUAUGGGUCAAUUUGAAAAUGGAACCCUCGCCCGUAGGUUGGUUGUCGAGCGGAUGUGCUCAAAGGAGAGCGGGGAGGAAGUCGAUGUGCCAAUGCCCGGUGCCACCUAACCGCUUUACGGGCCGUUUGGGCAAGCAUGCCUUGGUGCAAGGACUAUUUAUUACUUCAUUAUUUUAUAUUCAAUUUGCUCACGUUUGCGAAGGUCGAUUAUGCUCUCGGCGCAUUUUUCAGCUCGAUAUAUUUUCUCGGGGGGUUCUGGGCAUUGCCAUCAAAGACUGCAAUUCAAUUUCCGGCGGGAUAUCACGGGCUGGAUUGAUCCUGAUUAUACAUUAGCAUAUAUUACAAGCGCGUUUACGACCAUAUUUUCAGCUUUGAGGGGUUUUGCGAUGACAGGGAGGGGAUGGACACCUAUGCUUAUAUUUUGAGAUUUUGGGAGAAAGGAAGGGAGGGCAUGGCAAGUCGCUUUAUAAUUCUCAUUGGCCAGGGCUCCUUUAUAUCUGCGCGGUUGCUUACAAUAUGUUUUAUCGAAAAUGGGGCAGGGAAUGGAUGGAUGAAUCUUGGAGUGGGUGCGUUGCGGUGUGCUUCGAUCAGUUGCCGAGGGAGUUGCUAAAUAUUUCAGCGAAG